CACGCCUGGAAGAUGGAAAUGCUCCACGGCUGAAGGAGAGACAGAAACACGCGGUGGGCGGCGGCGGCGGCGGCUGCAGUGUAUGUAACACGCAUACUCUCGCGUGGAAACACAGAGGACACAAGCGUGACGAGGCAGCCGAGGAGCUGUUAUGCAACCGCUGACCUACUAACACAUAUUUCUAGAAAGGCUGCCGCUCGAAGUGGAGCAAAGUGUCCGCUAGCGUUCGAGCAAAAAGACAGGUUACGGCGACCCGAAGGCGCAGGGAGAGCAACGGGGGAACAACUUUGUUUUGUUUUUUUUCUGGAUAGGUUUUGCCUAAAGAAAAGGAGGAAACGGGACCGAGGCGGCUUUUGUGUCGGGGAAGCCUGAAGGUUGUGUUCCCCUCCUCCACCAUUCGAAGUUUGCUAGAGUUCCACUCUGGCCCCACCUGGGAAAAUGGAGAACCUGAGUCUCCACAUCCCAUCCAGCAGCAACAAAAAUUCCAUGGAUUUGGACAAUUUUACUACCUAUAGCGAUCUCCCAUCCCCUCUUCCUGAGGGUGGAGCACGUGCCAGCCGUCAGGCUAAAGGAUCUAAGCCUACUGUGGCAUCCCGCCGCAAGCGGGAGUUCAUCUCUGAUGAGAAAAAGGAUGAUUCGUACUGGGAAAAACGGAGGAAGAACAAUGAAGCAGCUAAGCGCUCAAGGGAGAAACGGCGCCUGAAUGACAUGGUUCUGGAGAACCGGGUCAUGGCCCUAAAUGAGGAGAAUGUUCGUCUAAAAACAGAACUACUUCAGCUCAAGUUGCGAUUCGGCCUCAUCAGCACGGCGUCCUACAUGGAGAAAAGCCAGCAGAUCGCUAACAGCGCAGCUGCUGCUAACACGAGUAGCAAUGUAAGCAGCAGCAAUGGCACCCCCAACAACGCCUAUAAUUCAAGUAGCGGCUACUCUAGUGCGUCCCAGGUGAUGCUGAAUUCAGACUCUUCUGAAACCGAACAGCCCAGCCGCGGUGAGCGCCACUCCGCGCUCCACAAGUAUUCUCCCAGGGGAUCUGUGUCCGACUUGUCUGACGGCUCCUCAAGGGACAGCCCCGAGCCUUUGGGCUACAACAUAAAGAAGGAGCCUCCCACCAUGGAGAUGGCAAGACUGGAAAGCAAUGGCCUGCCUGGUGGCAUAGUCCAUGGAUUGCCAAGUGGUGCCUACCAUGGAAUCCAUCCUGCUUUGAUGUCUCCUCACCAGCAGAGUGCACAAUUGGCUGAAGCUUCUAUAGACUACCAGCAGCAGCAGGCCCACAUGGAAGCCCCCCAUUCCACUGCCCAAGCCUCUUCUUCACAAAGGAGUGUCAUCCUGUUUCACCCUAGCAGCGGAUGUUACCCAAUGGCGAGCCAGAGGCCAGAUGAGCAGGAGAGAAGGCCGCAACACGGCCAGCACUCCUUGACCUCAAAGUUCUCAGAAUGUUCAGUGACCAUCGCCGAGGUCGCUGAGAAGCUAGAGAGGACAAAGACGAUGGACUGUGAGCAGUAUGAAUACUCUGAGGAGGUGCAGACAAGGUACAACAGCCAACAGCAGCACGAGAGCCAUCACGGGCUUUACAGCUGCCGGGGUCAGGAGAACGACCUUGAGCAAGCUGAAAGCCGGAACCCCUUUGCUCCUAAUCUGACCCGCAGCACUGAAGAGGACACGUCGGCGUUCUCACAGCACAAUGGCUACCUCAACACAAUGGACGAAGAGCCUCCAGCGCUCACCUAUGAGGGAGGCCCUAGAGCUGAUGGCUUCUACCAAGAGAAUUCCUCUACUAAAGAUACAUCAUCUAGCGACGGGGACCCCCGGAGCUCCGACAAAGAGGCCUCGACUGAUGACGAAUCCCCCUCCUCCUCAUCCUCAGACAUCAGCAGCUACCACCAGAAAACUUCAGCAACUGUCAGGCCACACGGACAUUGCCAAACUGAGGUCAAAGCGACUGCCCUGCCCCACAAGUUGCGACUCAAGAACCGAGCAAUGUCCGCCGGGGACACAAAAGCACACCUGGAGGUCUGCAUGAGCGUCUCCAUGUCCCCAUCCCCAACCCUGCCCCAGCACCCUUACCUGGCACUGCCUGGCAACUCUAACAGCGGCCAGGUCAGCAGAGAGGCAGAGAAUGAGGUGGAGUACACUGAGGACGGCAGGCCCCAGUCGGAUGAGCGACUGGACUCAAAAAGGCAUCAAGCGGUGGUUAGAGGUGUAUUUAAGAACAGUUGGGAGAUGCUCUAGUUUCGGACUCUGCAAAAAAAAAAAAAAAAAAGAGGCCGAGGAAAUGAUUUCCAUCCAGUUUCACUGUCACCUGUUUCCCUUUAUUCUCUCCUACCUCCCACAUGUCCCCCCUCCACUUUAAAGAACACAUCAUUCACUGAGGGAGGCAACGGAAUGAAAUGGUUUCAGUCUGGGAUACUUCUAGCCAGCGUACACAUUUCUUUUGUGGCAUUAUGAGAACAUUUCUUUGACCAAAGAAUAUUCAUUUUUCUUUGUCACCUUUUGUUGGUACAGUAACUGUGUAUAUUUGUUCUCUUUGAAUAGCUGUCAAUCCUUUGUCUGCACAUGUCCUCUUCACUUCGCAAGCACUUAGACUGUAUAUUGUUGUGACAUACAUUUGCAUAUAUGAGGUAUAUAUUUUAAAAAGAAAAUCUGUCAAAAAAAACAAACAAAAAAAAAACUUUACCAUGCUUAAUUUUUGAGACAGCUUGCAAAGUAAAUGUCUCAAGGAUCUCAAGCAAAAAAAGGCGACCCCUUUAGGUAAAUGGAUCAACUUUGGUUGCGGUUUUGGCUGAAUUAAUUUCUGCCACCCACAAAACAGCCCAAAGCGUUGAGUCCAAUUGUCGUAUCAGUCAAGGCAAUGCAGUCGUACAAUGCUGACAAGCACAAGGCAAACCUUGCUGGUCACAUGUUUAACAGAAUGGAUACACCUUCACUUUGCAGGUGUCUAAUAAAAAGAUGAGUGCCAUCUCAAACCAGGAAAGCUGCUGUUUUUUCCCCCUCAUAUGGUGCCUCUUUUAUUGUUAACGUCUCUUCUUGUCCCCACAUUGGCUGACGUCUUAUCAAGGCCACUCGUCCACUGUGCACUGAGCUUAAGCAGCGCAACUAAAUCUAAAUCAUACAAUCGCUUCAACAAUUCACUUCCUGGUGCCUGCCUCUGGCCACUAUGUAUAAAUGUAAAGUUGUCUCGAUCACUUGUAUACUGUGGUCACUAUUUUUAUUAAUAUUGUUAUUUUCUAUUAUAUUGGGUUAAUAUUUUGUCUAUUAUAUGUAAUUUUAUUGUCCACCUGUUGUGUCAUUUUGCUCUAUGCUCUUCCCAGUUGUGCUGUGUAUUUGCUCAUGCAACCCAAUGCAAUGAUUUGUACUCUGUGUUACUGUCUAACCUGUUUGCCUGAACCUUUUGCGGAAAUGAGACCCCUAAAAGAGAAGGUUCCUCAUAUGUGAAAAUGUAUGGCUAUACUUCACAUGGAUAUGCGCAAUAGUUGAAAAGAAAAAUAUGCUUUAUUUUGAUUGUAAAGGUUGAAAAUGGGGAAGAAUAAAAGGCUGUUGAAAUGUCA